CAAACGGUCGGUCGUACUCAGUAGGUAGUCGGCAGUCGGCAAUUCGCGGUCGCGGCUAUUAUUAUCGCGCGAUAUUCAGCGCAAACAGUCACCAUGUCGCGAGUUUACCACCCGUCGGACUAUGUCGUGGAAAAAUCUCUGCUGCCGUCCUUCGACGAGUACAAGAAGAUGCACAAAAAAUCCAUCGAAGACCCGGAAGGUUUCUGGUCGGAGAUCGCCAAUGAAUUCUACUGGCAGACACCAUACCAACCCGGAAAUUUCGUCUCGUACAAUUUCAAUAUAGAAAAGGGCAAUAUUUUCAUCAAGUGGAUGGAAGGGGCCGUCACGAAUGUGUGCUUUAAUCUGUUAGAUCGCAACGUGAGGAACGGACACGGGGACAAGAUCGCAUAUUAUUGGGAAGGCAAUCACCCAGACGACUACAGUCGGAUAACGUACAAAAAGCUAUUGUCACUGGUGUGCCAAUUUGCUAAUGCGCUCCGGGAGAAUGGCAUUCGUAAGGGAGAUAAGGUCUCUAUCUAUAUGCCGAUGGUUAUGGAGACCAUUGUGUGUAUGCUGGCCUGCGCGAGGAUCGGCGCUGUGCAUUCAGUCGUGUUCGCAGGUUUCUCGUGCGAUUCCCUCGCGGAGCGCAUGUCGGCAUGCGAGGCCAAGGUCCUGGUGACGGCAGAUGGGGCCUGGCGUGGGGAAAAGCUGCUGAACCUCAAGCAGAUGUGCGAUGAUGCGAUGCAGAAGGCGAAGACCAAGUUCAAUCACUCCAUCGAAAAGUGCAUUGUCGUGUCUCACUUGAAGCGAGUCACGGCUUGCGGGAAGUUGCCUGAUGAUCUGUCGAGUAUGUAUAACUGGAACGACGAUGUUGACGUGUGGUGGCACGACUUCGUAGAAGGACAGUCCACCAUCUGCCCACCGGAAUGGAUGGAGGCGGAAGACCCACUUUUCAUGCUGUACACAAGCGGUUCGACGGGCAAGCCUAAGGGUGUGUUACACACGACCGCUGGCUACCUCCUCCACUCUGCUACCAGCUUCCGCUACGUCUUCGACUACAGGGAUAAGGACGUGUUCUGGUGUACUGCUGAUGUUGGCUGGAUCACCGGACAUACUUAUGUGGUGUACGCGCCUUUGGCUAAUGCUGCUACAUCGCUCGUGUUCGAAGGCACCCCGUUCUAUCCGGAUAACGACCGCUACUGGUCCAUAGUGGAAAAGUACAAGGUGACGCAGUUCUAUACGGCGCCCACCGCCAUACGAUCGCUCAUGAAGUUCGGAGAUGGGCUUGUGGCCAAACACAACCUGCAAUCCCUGCGUGUACUAGCCAGUGUCGGCGAACCGAUCAACCCUGAGGCGUGGCACUGGUACUACAACGUGAUUGGGGGCGGCCGCUGCUCGAUAUCCGACACCUUCUUCCAGACGGAGACCGGGGGACACGUGCUUACUCCACUACCUGGAGCUACGCCCAUGAAGCCUGGAUCUGCUGGUUUCCCGUUCUUCGGUGUAGAACCAGCUCUUCUGGACGAGGAGGGCAAGAUUGUCGAAGGCCCCGGUGAGGGCUACCUGGUGUUCGCCAGACCCUGGCCCAGCAUUAUGAGGACUCUCUUCGGAGACCACGACCGCUUCGAGAGCACCUACUUCUCCAAGUUCCCUGGAUACUACUGUACGGGUGAUGGUGCUCGUCGCGAUGAAGAUGGCUUCCUAUGGGUGACUGGUCGAAUCGACGACAUGCUCAACGUGUCUGGGCAUCUGAUGUCCACUUCCGAAGUGGAAGGAGUCCUGACCGAAGAACCGAGGGUAUCGGAAGCAGCUGUAGUCUCCAAACCCCACCCCGUCAAAGGCGAGUCCCUGUAUUGCUUCGUAAUCUUAAACGAGGGUGCCAAAUUCGACGACGACCUAGUCAACUGCCUAAAGAAACUCGUCAGGGGUCGGAUCGGAGCUUUUGCGGCCCCUGACGUCAUACAAUACGCCCCAGGUCUACCCAAGACCAGGUCCGGAAAGAUUAUGAGGAGAAUUCUCCGGAAAAUCGCAAUCGGUGAUAAAAAUAUUGGCGAUACCUCCACACUUACCGAUCCGUCCAUUGUGGAAGAGCUGUUCAAAAACCGGCCCCAGAAGUAAAAGGUUGGUGAUGUCUGAUUUAUGUUGAUUGUUGAUCACAAUAUACGCAUGUAUUAAGUUUACCAAAACGCACAAGUAGCAGUUUACCCUAGUGGUUAUUUGUAAAUUGUUUAAAAGCCAACUCGUAUUCGCAACAAAAAUAUUUAGCUUUUAACCAACUUUCAAAAUGGAUGUUUGAAAAAUCCUUUUUUCGGAGAUAAUACGAAUCUUGUCCAGUUUUACAAAUUUUCUUUAUAUUAUGUAUUAUUAUUAAUAUUUUGCAGCCAAAUAAAUGGCUUAUGCCGCUUUAGGUAAUGGUACCAAUACUGGUUACUGGUUUGGUAAUACUGGUUUUAUCUAUUUAAUAGCGGGUAUGCUUAGUAUUAGUUUAAUUUAAUAUGGUGUUCCUUGGAAUAAUAUUCCAAAGCUAUGUAUUUAUGAGGGUAUUGUUAAACGAAUAUAUUCUAAUUUCUAAGAACUCUAUUUAUUUCUAAGGUAAAAUACGUUUUUUAAUUAAGUUAUUUUGCAAUGAACAGUAGUGACUGUUAUAUUGUACAAAGUGUAGCAACGCGGUACAGUUAAAUUAAAAGCAUGGGCCAGAGUUGAGCCGGUUGCACAAUAACUAAAUUAGUGGUUAAUCUUCGGUUAAUACGUGGCGAAUCUGCCAGAUCAAUGCACUCUAUGUCUAUGGAUCAAUGGGUGUUUAUUAACACUUGGUUAAUUUCACUUGGUUGGAUUAUUAUUUAAAAAUAUAUUAAAAUCCAGGCCUAGAUAAAAGUAAUAAGCCCAAUAAAAAGCGAGGAUAUUUCAUCAAUGUCGUAGUAAAUUAUUCUGCCAAUCAACGAUUAAAUGUAUCAUUCCAUAGUUGUAAACAUUUUUUAUGUAAUUUGCUUUAUAAUUUGUGAUUUAUUUACGAAGUAGUUACUUUAUAUUUUAAUAAAUUAUGGUAUCCUUAGUAGGACUCGUAGUAGAUGUAGGUAAACGUAGUGGAGUUAGAAGCUAAUAUUGGAAUUUGUUGUGGUUUAUGAAUUAUGGAUAAAAUAGGGCUGUAUUAUAAUUUAAUUGAUCGAUUAUUACUUAAUUUAGAAAUUUUAUCCUAAUUGAUAUUAUUCGUAAGUUUAUUUUUAAUUUUUUGGUUAUGAUA